AAGCAGAAAGGGUGUGAGGAAGAAGCCAAAUUUCCUUAAGGAGAAAGCUUUUCGAUUUAAAGGAAAGAUUUACACCAUUUUUGGAUUCGUUUCUUCGGCGAAGUUCUUCAGUUUUGGAGUUUGGAGAAUGUACACAACACAGUUCAAAAUGACGCCAUUCAUAAUAUUGGGACUAAUUCUACAAGUCUUGGGAGCUGCAGAUUCCGUUAAUGACUGUUUAGAAACAAAGAACUUAACAGCGAGCACGAGUUCAUGGCAACUCAUUCAGUCUCCCGGAUACUUCAGUAAAUAUGUUAAGAAUAUGUCUUGCAGUUGGCUAAUCUAUGCGGGAGAUCCGAAUUAUUCGCUGCAAGUAGACUGGCAACGCGUUGAUAUAGAAUACAGUUUAGGUUGUUAUAAAGAUUUCGUACAGAUCUAUCGCGGUUUUGAUCGAUCGGGCGAGCUUCUUGAUCACAGAUGCGGUCAGAGCUCCAUCAACGUCAAUAACAUUGGCCGUUAUGCUUACAUCUACUUCCACACGGACAAUACCAUCGAACGGGAAGGAUUUUCACUGAAGUACAAAUCUACCAACAGCGGUAGCAAAAUCUGUACAGCCACGACGUCAUAUACGUCCCAUCCUUACAGCUGGCAAACAAUUACUUCUCCUUAUUAUCCAGACAAUUACCUUGAUAGUUUAUCCUGUAACUGGCUAAUCACAACUGAUGAUGCUCUGGAAAUCGUUAAACUAAAGGUGCUUGAUACAGAAAUGGAGAAUUCUACUGACUGUUCUAAGGAUGUUGUUCAUGUAUACGACGGUGGCACUCCACGUAGCCCCAAACUAGGGUCGUGGUGCGGAAGUGACACCCCCGAAUUUAUCAGCACAGGCAGAAAGAUGUAUAUAACAUUCAUCACAAAUGAUAAAGCACAUUUUCGUGGAUUUAAAGCUAAAUUUAUUUCAGAACAAAAAGGUGUUAACUGCUCUGGUGUCACAAAGCUAACAGCCUACCCAAGUAUCCAGUACUUGACCACUCCUAACUAUCCUCACUUUUAUGCAAGCAACUUGUCAUGUUCAUGGUUAAUCAACUCUGGAAGCCGGUCUGGAAAAUUGUAUCUUGAUGUCAGAGAUUCAGAUAUCGAAUAUUCCAUCGGAUGUAUGAAGGACUAUGCAGAAUUGUACUUAGGAACCGACAGAAAAGCUGAUAUCUUCAGCCGAUGGUGUGGAGGCACUCGACGCAAGUUUUACACCUAUCACGCAAGUCUAUUCAUUCACUUCCAUUCAGAUGCUUCUCUGACUGGCCGAGGCUUCCAGUUAUCGUAUUACAUGGGAUCACCCUCUGCAGCAUGUCGGGACAAAACACUAUUAGUUGCUAACCGCCAUGGCUGGAAAGAGUUCAAUUCACCGUUUUAUCCCACAGUAUAUGAAGGAAAUCUUAGUUGUUGGUGGAUUUUGACAGCCGCAAAUGAAUUCGACAUAGUGGAGCUACAAGUGCUGGAUUUUGAGGUAGAAGACUCACCUGGGUGCGUGUACGAUUCUGUUAAAGUUUAUGAUGGUGGAAAUGUGAACUCGCCAAGUCUCGACAGAUGGUGUGGUGUGAAGCAUCCUUCAUUUAUUAGUACCGGUCAAAAACUCAUGGUUCAAUUCGAGACAGAUGAUUCUUAUGAUUACAAAGGAUUUAAAAUGCGCUACAUAGCGAGAGAUGUGUCAUUCCUCUGCGGCCCUGGAAAAUACUUGAAAGCGGAACUAGAAGAAAGAAAAUACCUAGUUUCACCAAAUUUAAUAUCUCCCCUUUACAGUACUGUGAAAUGUGAAUGGCAAAUAACGACCAAAAAAGCAGAUGAACUCGUAAAGCUUGAAGUAGCUUUCUCCUCAUUAGAUAACUCAACAAACUGUGACGACAACUAUAUAGCUGUGUACGACGGAACAACUACAAAUGCAGAACUUUUGGGGAAAAAAUGUGGCAAUCAGACUCUGACGUUUGUAUCUUCGAGCUGGAGUGUAUAUGUAGUGCUUCAACUAAAGAAAUCAAACAGAAGCAACGCGUUGCUGGCGACAUUCUAUUCAGAGAAAAAAGAGGCUCAGUGUAAGGAUAUCGAUAACCGAAUAAGCUUUUCCGAUCAGAAGAACUACAUAUCCUCUCCCGAAUUCCCGCGAAUAUACAGAAGCAUGCGAUCUUGUUCUUGGCUUCUUACGACAUCUAAGAACCAAGUAAUUCGACUAGAAAUCAUGUACGCCGAUUUUCCACAAGAAACUCAAUGCAUGUCAAACGCAUAUUUGGCAGUUUAUGAUGGUAACAGCCGAAGAGACGGUCUUUUAGGAGUCGUCUGCGGGAACGAACCGAAAACUUACAUAUCGACAGGACAGCAAAUCAUGGUUUUACUAAAGGGACAUACAAACUUAACUGGUCGAUUUCUUGCAGCUUAUUAUUCUGAGAGAAAAGCGGAAGAAUGUAUUGGCAGUAGCCAGUUAACUGCCCAAAGACAUACAAAGAACUACCUUCAUACGCCAUCAUUCCCGACACCUUUCAAAAAAAAUUCAAAGAAAUCCAGCCACUGCGCCUGGGUCAUAGCUUCUGAUGGCCCUGAUGUUGUGAAAUUAUCAAUAAUUUACUCCAAACUAUCAAAGAAAGAAGACUGUAGUGAAGAAAGUAUAAGUGUUUAUGAUGGUGAUUUAGUACCAAACCGCUUUCUCGGAAUGUCCUGUGGAGAGGCAAAACCAUCAUAUACAUCAACAGGGAAAAAGCUAAUGGUUAUAUUCUCUUCAAAGAGCUCAAAUGGAAGUCACGGCUUCUUAGGAUCCUAUUAUUCUGUUCCAAAACUGGUAUUGGUCUUGGUUCAGUUCGAAAAAGUCUACUGGAAUUUCUCACGAUAGAUCCAUGAUCUGCAAUAGCUGACUCCUGAUACUUGUCUUGCUAUGGUAAUAUGUAG